AAAUUUAUCAAUUAAAUCUCUCCUUCUAGUUCUAAUCCUAUCAAACAAAGAUAAAAAAACGAUAACUCUAUUUCCCAUAAUACUCGAUUUGGGUUUUUAAAGAUUCAAUCUUCAAGAUCAGCAAUAUGGUUGCGCUUGUUUCACGCACCGGAAGACAUUUGCAGCGUUACAGCGACGGCCGCCGUCUUAUCGUCGGAUGUAUUCCUUACAGAUAUAAGGCAGGGAAACGUAAAGGAUGUUUGAAGGAAGAUAGAGAAGUUGAAGUUCUUGUCAUAAGUUCACAAAGACAGGGCAAAGGAAUGUUAUUCCCAAAGGGUGGAUGGGAAAGAGAUGAAUCCAUGAAAGAUGCAGCUCAAAGAGAGACUAUGGAGGAAGCUGGAGUUAUGGGUAUUGUUCAGAGAAGAUUGGGGAAAUGGAGAUUCAAGAGCAAGAGUAAUGAAACAGAUCAUGAAGGACACAUGUUCCCUUUGCUGGUGGAGCAGCAGCUUGAUUUGUGGCCUGAAAAGGAGUUUCGCCAAAGAAUUUGGAUGAGUGUUUCUGAAGCGAAAGAAGCAUGCCAACAGGUGUGGAUGUUAGAAGCUUUAGAGGAAUUUGAGAAUCGUCUCAAUUCGUCUUCUGCACGACCAAAGAUGAUGGUCAAGGAAGAUAUUGUUGAACAAGUUGUGCAAUGCUCAAUGAGCUAAACAAAUUAGUAAUUGUAGAUUGAGUAUGUAUAUAGAAGAAGCCGCCUGCACAUCUGAGACGAGAUGGAUCAUGAUCGAGGUGAAGUCGAGGCGAGUGAAGAAGAAAUUCGAACGUUGUUUCUUAUGUUGACUUAGUUUUAGUUUUGUAAUUAGGAAACUACUGGUUGCCUCUUUUCUAAUAACGGACUAUUUGGAAACAUCAUUUCUGGGAAUCCUGAUGAUAUCAUGUUUGUAAACUGAACUUUGGUCAGUUUAUUUUUUUUCAUUAGGACAAAUAGAAAUGUUUCUCAAUAGGCCCUCCCCCACCAAUAAAAGGAUUCACUUUCUCUA